AUGACUACACCUGAUACAAAACUAAAUCUCUCCGAAUUCAGUAAAACUUUGCAGGUGAACAACGUUCCGGUAGAGGUGAACAACGUUCCGGUAGAGGUGGAGAACGUUCCGGUAGAGGUGGAGAACAACGUUCCGGUAGAGGUGGAGAACGGUAGAGGCGGAGAACGUUCCGGUAGAGGCGGAGAACGUUCCGGUAGAGGUGGAGAACGUUUCGGUAGAGGUGAACAACGUUCCGGUAGAGGUGGAGAACGUUCCGGUAGAGGUGAACAACGUUCCGGUAGAGGUGGAGAACGUUCCGGUAGAGGUGAACAACGUUCCGGUAGAGGUGGAGAACGUUCCGGUAGAGGUGGAGAACGUUCCGGUAGAGGUGAACAACGUUCCGGUAGAGGUGAACAACGUUCCGGUAGAGGUGGAGAACGUUCCGGUAGAGGUGGAGAACGAUAA